UGGCUAGUCAGUAAGGAGUUAAAAUAACACACCGUGAAAAAUACAUAUUUCCCUGACACAUAACCCGUCUUCGUUUAUGCCAAGGAUUUAGGUUUCUGCGUCAACAGGAUGUCAACUCCAGCAAGACGACGUUUAAUGAGAGAUUUUAAACGACUGCAAGAGGAUCCACCAGCUGGAGUUAGUGGGGCACCAUCAGAGAACAAUAUCAUGGUAUGGAAUGCUGUCAUUUUUGGACCUGAGGGAACACCUUUUGAAGAUGGAACCUUCAAACUUACCAUUGAAUUCACAGAGGAAUAUCCAAAUAAACCUCCAACAGUUCGAUUUGUCUCAAAAAUGUUUCAUCCAAAUGUGUAUGCCGACGGCAGCAUAUGCUUAGAUAUACUUCAGAAUCGUUGGAGUCCAACCUACGAUGUCUCUUCAAUCUUAACUUCAAUACAGUCUUUACUGGAUGAGCCAAACCCAAACAGUCCAGCCAACAGCCAAGCAGCCCAGCUGUACCAGGAAAACAAGCGGGAGUACGAGAAGAGGGUUUCUGCUAUUGUUGAACAGAGUUGGCGUGACUGUUGACCUCCGUUAUCGCUCGAGUAUGAACAGUGUCCGGCCCAGAAUCAAGAAACCACGAUCAAGAACACAGCCGAUCUCACAGAAAUAAAAUGACACAUUUUUAAAUCCUUCUCAGUAUAUUUGUCCCAUAACUGUUGCUAAAUUUGUAUGCUGUUGUUGUGGCAUUCAUUCCUGCCAAAAGCUAUUGUUGGGCUAUAGCGUAUGAUUUUUUAAAAGUAAAUGUACCUUGUUACAUCUGGGUUACUUGCUACAUGCACCAACUCUUUUCUUUAAAAAAAAAAGGGCAAUAGCCAGUCUCACUUUUCUACCCGUUUAUUAUUUUAUUUUUUUACAUGAAGUAAACUGGUUGGAUGACACGGUGACAGUUAAUUAGAUGUGCUUGCUGCGUGGUUUGCUGUGUAGAUACCGACAGUACAUCUUUACAAAAAACAGCUGUUCAUGGGUUUCUCCUUCUGUUUAAGUGGCCUCACUUCUUUUGCUUGUUUCCAUCUGUCCUUUGAAUGUCUUUCAGAGGAAUAUAAAAUUAAACUGGCAUGAACAUCCAUCCUCCUAACAGGUUGUCAGCUCAACAGAUGCCUUUGGGGUCAUUUAUAUCAACCGUUUCUUGUGAAGGCCUGCCUUUGGGUUUAAAACAAACAUUGUAGAUAUUGCUGAAUAUAUGGAUACGUGUCCCUCAACACAGAAACAAGAUAUUUACUUCCCUUUCUGGGCUCUUAGCUGUUUCAUGCAGUUUCAUAAUGCUGACAUUUCUAUGCUAUUUUACAAUCUCACAAAUCAGCUGACAUAUCACGGUUUAAAAACAGGAAAGUGUCUGUUUUCAGAUUAUAAAACGUUGCACCGGUAACCCAUGUAACAAACUGUACAUUUUCUUGUAAAUAAAAUAAAUAUACACCA